UUAUAGUUCAUGAGAUAUGUGGCUGUGGUGUCCAUUUUUAAUAACCUUUAAUGAAAUUACGGGCAGCAUGGAACAAGUUUUUCAAAACGCUGGUGAUUCACACUGGCAAUUCAGUAUUAGGAAAACGUCCCCAACUGCUCAUUGGUCUGGUGUGUCUCAGUUUUUGCUCUCAGUACAUCCCCUGUGCUGAGUUCAAAGGGCUGAUGACAAGGGAUGAGGGCUAAAAAAAGCUUUUCCCUCAUCCUCCAGGCUUAGAGGGAUUCUAGGAAUUCAUAGUUCAUGAGAUAUGUGGCUGUGGUGUCCAUUUUAAUGACCUUAAAUGAAAUUACGGGCAACAUGGAACAUGUUUUUCAAAACGCUGGUGACUGCCUCUGCUGCAAACCCACAAGGUCAGUUCUUGUUGGGCAAACACAAGCAGUGUCAGCCACUGUGGCCGAAAGACAAGUGAUGUCCCCUGUGCUGCAGGUGUCCCAGGGUGCUUUGGGAGGUGGCAGGAGCUAUUUACAGUGGGCUUCUGGCUUCACACAAGUCCUGUAGGCUUCAUUCUGCUGAGGGAAAACUGGUGCUGCAGCCUUGGAUGAGCAUCCAUGCAGAGCAGAGAGAAAGUGGGGCUUACUGAGCAGUGACAGAAGGUGACCAGAAGAGAGAUCCUUCCUCUCCUGCACCAGGAGCUCUAUCUGUGCAUGGAGCUCCCACUGCUCCUGCCAGUCAUUGCCUGGCUGCUCUGUACCAACCAAACUGUGUUUGGGACUGGGAGACCUCCCUUCAAACCCCACUGUGGCCCCCGGGAACUCAUACCUGCUUUUCAAGAGUUUUUGAGUCAACUUUGCUGGUUUUGCUAAAGUCAGUGAAGGCUUGAUCUCACUGGAAGUGUGCACCUGGGAUCACAGGCUUUUAGGACAGGAAGGCAGUACCCCAGCAGCAGCCUGGCUGUGCUGCCCUCAGAUGGGAGAGCUCAGCUACAAGUCCUGCCUGUCCCCCAGCCUCUCCUGAAGGGUUGGAGAACUUUGCUGCAGGUGUAUUUUUCUCCCUUUUUCUCACUGUUCUCCUGUGCUUUUCAGGGCACCCACAUUGGCUGAAGUAGAUUCGAGGGUGUUUUGGCAGCGUGGUCCGAGGAGCCUGUGGCACAGCCUUGCUCUGGGAAAGGGAGAGGGAUGACUGAGUCGUGGCCAGGCCUUACUGCCUGAGCUGCCCCAGUCAGAGUUGCAGAGGUGCAGUGUGUCCUUGCUCAGCCUGUUUCUCCUGCACACAGCUGUGCCUUCCCCAGGCACAGCCAAGCUUGCAGCCCCAGGGAUUCAGGUGAAAGUGCUGCUCUGGGUCUCCAGUGCUCAGGACUGAGCAGAGCUGUUACUGUCCUAGCAGGCUGGCAAAGGGGGCAGUGCUCAGUGGUUUUGUGGCUACUUUGUCCCCUUACCCAUAUCCUUCUCACAUGGGAAUUGCAAUCAUCCAUGUAUAAGAACCUUCCUAGAUCAAUGUGAUGAGGCUUCUGCAGCUCCUUUUAGCAGCAAGAGCAGUGAACAUCCUGGGCAGCCAAAAUUGUAUUUGGAGCUACAUUUCUGUACCAUAUUCAUGGUUUGGCAUUCAUGAACUGUCCAUCCCUGGUAAGAUUUGGGUGUUGUUCUUUCUGACUAGCCUCUAUUUUGCCAUGGUUUGUCACAUCAUACAUCAGUCACAGCCUCUUGUCCAUUCCUCCCUGACCCCUGCAGUGACGGGAAGCCACAAGAGUUGCCAUAACUGAUCCUAUAUCACCUUUUUUCCUUUCCAUGGCCUUGCUCUCCACCCCACACAGGGCUGCUUUGGGUUCCCUGAGCACUGUGCAGCUCUGCCCAGGCAUCCUGUGAGCAGGAGCAGGGAGGCAGGUCCCUUCUGCACUGUUAUUUUGUUGAGAUAUGGGUGACAGUGGAAGGAAGUGCUGGCCAUGGUCAUAGCUGGCAGGAGAACAUGUGCCCAGGAGAGGAAAUUCUCACAACAAAAGGUCUGCAAACCACAGGUAGGUCGCAGAGUUACUAAAACUGGAAAAAGAGCAGCUCCUUUCCUUACACACUGUGUAUGGCAGAAAACAAACACGAACUGUGGGCAGGCAGGAGUGUCGAUCCCUUCCUCCCAAAUAUAGGGAUGGGGCUGAACCAAGAGCACCAGGCUGAGCCUAUAAAAGCAGUCGGGGAGAAAGCCCUUGGUGGCUCCUGAUGUCCUGGCCAUGCCUGUGGUCAUGCUGUGACUGACCUGCAGAGUGGCAGAGGGCUCCUGACAUGGGUCCUGUUCCCUGUGCUUGGAGUUUCAUAAGGCUUUAGUGCUGCAGUGGGAAUUCUGCUGUGGAUUCCCUGCUGGGCCAUUCCUGGGGCAGGGAAGGGUGCCUCAGCAGGUGUGGGUGCUUGCAGUAGGUGAGGGUGCCAGGCCUUUGGAGAGGGUGCAGCUUUGGUGAAGUCUGACCUUCCACUCUUUCUCUUGCAGAGAUCUGAGAUGUCAGCCCUUUCCUUCCUGCUUUCUGUUGACUGAUUGUUAAGCCCUGAGCAGAGACGCUGCCAUGGAGGUUUUCGGGGAGGCGGCGCCGUACCUGCGCAAGUCGGAGAAGGAGAGAAUAGAAGCCCAGAACCAGCCAUUUGAUGCCAAGACCUACUGCUUUGUGGCUGACCCCGAGGUGGAGUACACCAAAGGGAAGAUCAAGGCUGCCCAGGAUGGGAAGAUAACUGUGGAGACAGAGGAUGGCAGAACAGUUGCUGUCAAACCUGAUGAUGUGUAUGCCAUGAACCCACCCAAGUUUGACAGAGUUGAGGACGUGGCCAUGCUGACCCACCUGCAUGAACCCGCUGUGCUGUACAACCUCAAGGACCGCUACAGCUCCUGGAUGAUCUAUACCUACUCGGGUCUCUUCUGCGUCACUGUCAACCCCUACAAGUGGCUGCCCGUGUACAACCCGGAGGUGGUGUUGGCCUACCGAGGCAAGAAGCGCCAGGAGGCCCCUCCACACAUCUUCUCCAUCUCUGACAACGCCUAUCAGUUCAUGCUGACUGAUCGUGAAAACCAGUCUAUCCUGAUCACUGGAGAAUCCGGUGCCGGGAAGACUGUGAACACAAAGCGUGUCAUCCAGUACUACGCCACCAUUGCAGCCAGCGGGGACCCAGCCGUGAGGAAGGGGUCUGGGAUGAAGGGUACGCUCAAGGAUCAAAUCCUCAGUGCCAACCCACUGCUCGAGGCCUUUGGGAAUGCCAAGACCGUGAGAAAUGACAACUCCUCACGCUUUGGUAAAUUCAUUCGUAUCCAUUUUGGAACCUCUGGAAAACUGGCCUCCGGUGACAUUGAGACCUACCUGCUGGAAAAGUCGAGAGUCACUUUCCAGCUGAAAGCUGAGAGAAGCUACCAUAUCUUCUACCAGAUCCUCUCCAAUAAGAAGCCUGAACUGCUUGAGAUGCUUCUCCUCACAGCCAACCCAUACGACUACCCCUUCAUCAGCCAAGGGCAGAUCUCUGUGGCCAGCAUUGAUGACCAGGAGGAGCUUGUUGCCACAGAUGCAGCCAUUGGCAUUUUGGGCUUCAGCCCUGAUGAGAGAAUGGGGAUUUACAAACUGACAGGGGCAAUCCUGCACUACGGGAACAUGAAGUUCAAGCAGAAACCACGUGAGGAGCAAGCAGAACCAGAUGGCACUGAAGAGGCUGACAAAGCAGCAUAUCUGAUGGGCCUGAACUCAGCAGACUUGCUGAAAGCUUUGUGCUAUCCCCGGGUGAAAGUGGGAAACGAGUAUGUCCUGAAGGGCCAAACAGUGGAUCAGGUGCACCAGGCAGUGAAUGCCAUUGCCAAGUCAGUCUAUGAGAAACUCUUCCUGUGGAUGGUGAUGCGCAUCAACCAACAGCUGGACACGAAGCUGCCAAGGCAGCACUUUAUUGGGGUCUUAGACAUUGCUGGAUUUGAGAUCUUUGAGUUCAACAGCUUUGAGCAGCUGUGCAUCAACUUCACCAAUGAGAAGCUGCAACAGUUCUUCAACCACCACAUGUUCGUGCUGGAGCAGGAGGAGUACAAGAAGGAGGGAAUUGAGUGGGAGUUCAUUGACUUUGGGAUGGACCUGGCUGCCUGCAUUGAGCUUAUAGAAAAGCCCAUGGGCAUCUUCUCCAUCCUGGAAGAGGAGUGCAUGUUCCCCAAGGCAACUGACACCUCUUUCAAGAACAAGCUCUAUGACCAGCACCUGGGCAAGUCCAGCAACUUCCAGAAGCCCAAGUCUGGGAAAGGCAAGGCUGAGGCCCACUUCUCCCUGGUGCACUACGCUGGCACAGUGGACUACAACAUCACUGGGUGGCUGGAGAAGAACAAGGACCCCCUGAAUGAAACUGUCAUUGGGCUGUACCAGAAAUCAUCUGUGAAGGUUUUAUGCCAUCUUUAUGCUGCCUUUGCUUCCAUAGAUGAAGCUGAAGGUGGUGGAAAGACGAAAGGAACCAAGAAAAAGGGCUCUUCCUUCCAGACUGUGUCUGUGCUCUUUCGGGAAAAUCUAAACAAGCUGAUGUCCAACUUGAGAACAACUCAUCCUCACUUUGUGCGUUGCAUCAUCCCCAAUGAAACAAAGACCCCAGGCCUCAUGGAUCACAAGCUCGUUCUGCACCAGCUGCGGUGUAACGGAGUCCUGGAAGGCAUUCGGAUCUGCAGGAAAGGAUUUCCUAACAGGAUUCCAUAUGGGGAUUUUAAACAAAGAUACCGCCUUCUGAACGCCGGUGUCAUUCCAGAGGGAAAGUUUAUUGACAGCAAGAAGGCAUGUGAAAAGUUGCUGUCUUCCAUUGAGAUAGAUCACACUCAGUACAAGUUUGGACACACUAAGGUGUUCUUCAAGGCAGGUUUGCUGGGUGUCCUGGAAGAGAUGCGAGAUGAUUGCUUAGGACAGCUGAUCACACGGACCCAGGCUUUGUGCAGGGGAUACCUCAGGAGGCUUGAGCUGAAAAGAAUGUUCGACCACAGAGAGUCCAUCUUCUGCAUCCAGUACAACAUCCGUGCAUUCAUGAAAGUCAAGCAGUGGCCCUGGAUGAAGCUGUACUUCAAGUUAAAACCUCUCUUAAAAAGUGUGGAAACUGAAAAAGAAAUGGCCACAAUGAAAGAAGAGUUCGAGAGAAUAAAAGAAGAACUGGCUAAAUCAGAAACCAAGAGGAAAGAACUGGAAGAGAAAAUGGUGAUUCUGGUGCAAGAGAAAAAGGAUCUGCAGCUGCAAGUACAGACUGAAAAUGAAAAUUUGGCUGAUGCUGAAGAAAGAUGUGACCAGCUGAUCAAAGCAAAAUUCCAACUGGAAGCAAGAAUAAAGGAAGUAAUGGAAAAACUGGAGGACGAAGAGGAGAUAAACGCUGAUCUGGCAGCCAGAAAGAGGAAACUGGAGGAGGAAUGCUCUGAGCUGAAGAAAGAUAUUGAUGACCUUGAGUUAACAUUGUUCAAGGCUGAAAAGGAAAAGCAUACCACAGAAAACAAGGUGAAAAAUCUGACUGAAGUAGUGACAGGCUUGGAGGAGACUGUUGCAAAGUUAGUCAAGGACAAGAAGGCCCUGCAAGAAGCCCAGCAACAGGCUCUGGAUGACCUGCAAAGUGAGGAGGACAAAGUUAAUAACCUCACCAAAGCCAGGAUCAAGCUGGAGCAGCAAGUGAACCAUGUCGAAGGAUCUUUAGAACUGGAAAGAAAAGUGUGUGUGGAUCUUGAACGAGCAAAGAGAAAGCUUGAGGGAGACUUGAAACUUGCACAGGAAACCAUAGUGGAGCUGGAGAAUUAUAAACAACAUUUAGAUGAAAAAUUAAGGAAGAAAGACUUGGAUUUUAACCAGAAGCAAAAUAAAAUUAUGGAACAGCAGAAUUCAGGUACUCAAUUGCAGAAGAAGAUCAGAGAAUUGCAGGCCCACGUUGCAGAGCUGGAGGAGGAGACCAGGAGUGAGAAAGCAACAAGGGUGAAAGCAGAGAAGCAUCGUGGCGAGCUGGCUCAGGAACUUGAGCAAAUCAGAGGGAGCCUUGAAGAGGCAGGAGGAGCCACCGCUGCUCAAACAGAACUUAACAAGAAGCGGGAGGCAGAAUUCCAGAAGAUGCGCCGCGACCUCGAAGAGGCCACGCUGCAGCACGAAGCCACGGCUGCCGCCCUGCGCAAGAAGCACGCGGACAGCACAGCUGAGCUCGGGGAGCAGAUCGACAACCUGCAACGCGUCAAGCAGAAGCUGGAGAAGGAGAAGAGUGAGCUCAAGAUGGAGAUUGAUGACCUGGCCAGGAGCACAGAGACCAUUACUAAGUCCAAGGCUAAUCUGGAAAAAAGGUACCGGACCCUGGAAGACCAGAUGAGUGAGAUGAAAGCCAUAUUUGAAGAGAACCAGAGGAAUUUGAAUGAGAUGGUGAUACAGAAAGCCCAGCUCCAGACAGAGUCUGGUGAACUAAGCCAUCGACUCAAAGAGAGAGAGACUGUAACACUGCAGCUGUUGAGAAGCAAACAGGCACUUACACAGCAAAUGGAGGAACUCAGGAGGCAGUUAGAGGAAGAGAUUGAGGCCAAGAACGCCCUGGCCCACGCCCUGCAGUCCGCUCGCCACGACUGUGACUUGCUGCGGGAACAAUAUGAGGAGGAGCAGGAAGCCAAGGGGGAGCUGCAGCGCGCCCUGUCCAAGGCCAACAGCGAAGUGGCCCAGUGGAGAACCAAAUACGAGACGGACGCGAUUCAGCGCACGGAGGAGCUCGAGGAGGCCAAGAAAAAAAUCGCUCAGCGUCUCCAGAAAGCAGGACAGCAGGUGGGGACUGUGAAUUCCAAGUGUGCCUCCUUGGAGAAGAUGAAUUUGAAGCUGCAAGGGGAGGUGGGGGAUCUGACAUUGGACGUAGAGAGAGCAAACACAUCAGCAGCUGCCCUGGACAGGAAACAGCAGAACUUUGAUAAGGUCAUGGCAGAAUGGAGGGGGAAGUACGAGGAAAGCCAGCUGGAGAGGGAAGCUCUCUCUAAAGAAUCGUGCUUGCUGAACACAGAACUUUUCAAAGUGAAAAAUGCCUACGAGGAAACCUUAGAUCAACUUGAAACAAUCAGACGGGAGAACAACACUCUCAAGCAGGAAGUAGCUGAUCUGACACAGCAAAUUACUGCAAAUGGCAAAAUAAUCAGAGACCUUGAGAAAGCCAAAAAGCAAGUUGAAGUAGAAAAAAAUGGGCUGCGAUUAGCUCUGGAGGAGGCAGAGGCAGCUCUUGAGCAUGAAGAGGUCAAAAUCCUUGCUGUCAACCAAGAACUGACUCAGAUUAAGACAGAAAUCAACAGAAAGAUUGCUGACAAGGAUGAGGAGAUCACCCAGUUAAAAAAGAACCACGAAAGGAUUGUGGAGACAAUGCAAGGUGUUCUGGAUGCUGAGAUGAGGAGCAGAAGUGAAUCUUCAAGGCUGAGGAAGAAGAUGGAGGGAGACCUGAAUGAAAUGGAGAUCCAGCUCAGCCAUGCCAACCGCCAGGCUGCUGAGGCACAGAAACACCUGCACAGCAUCCAGGGAGCUCUCAAGGACACCCAGCUGCACUUGGACGAUGCUCUCAGGACCCAGGAUGACCUGAAGGAGCAGGUGGCCAUGGUGGAGCGCAGAGCAAACCUGCUGCAGGCUGAAGUGGAGGAGCUACGGGCAGCCCUGGAGCAGAUGGAGCGGUCGAGGAAAGUGGCUGAGCAGGAGCUCCUGGAUGCCACUGAACGUGCACAGCUCCUCCAUACCCAGAACACCAGCCUUUCAAAUAUAAAGAAGAAGCUUGAAACUGAUAUGGCACAAAUCCAAAGAGAGAUAGAGGAUGUUACUAAUGAAUCAAAAAGUGCUGAAGAAAGAGCAAAGAAGGCAAUGACAGAUGCGGCCACGAUGGCAGAAGAGCUGAAGAAGGAGCAGGACACCAGUGCCCACCUGGAGAGGAUGAAGAAGAACCUGGACCAGACGGUGAAGGACCUGCAGCACCGUCUGGAUGAGGCCGAGCAGUUGGCCCUGAAGGGAGGCAAGAAGCAACUCCAGAAGCUGGAGGCCAGGAUCCAAGAAUUAGAAGCUGAGCUGGAGGAAGAACAUAAACAAUCUGCAGAGGCUACGAAAAACAUCUGCAAAUAUGAGCGGCAUGUCAAAGAGCUCACCCUCCAGAAUGAAGAACAUAGGAAGAACAUGAUGAGGUUACAAGAUGUGGUAGAUAAACUGCAGAUGAAAAUCAAAUCCUACAAAAGACAAGCUGAGGAAGCUGAUGAACAAGCCAAUAUUAAUCUCUCCAAAUUGAGAAAAGCACAGCAUAAGAUAGAUGAGGCUGAGGAAAGGGUAGAGAUUGCUGAGAGCCAAGUAAACAAGCUCAGAGCCAAGGCCCGAGAAGGUCCUGCUCCAAAGGUGGUGUUCAGAACUGAAAAAUGAGCUUCCUCUGGGAUAACCAGAACUUCCACAAAGUAUCUUUCCAGCUGUGUAUUUGCAGUAGCUAGAGCUACACUGGUAGGAAGCAAUCUUCUAUUUGUUUAUGAACACAAACAUUUUCUGUCACUGCUGCUGUACCAGUGUCAAUAAAAUAGAUACCUGCAACUUCAGAGGCUCCAAAUGUGGAUGUUCAAAUGAAAGUCAUUUUGCUGCUAAGCUUAGCAUAGUCAAAACUGUGUGUUUGAGCCUUACUGCUGCUAUGAUCAGUUUGACCAAUUUUAUCCUGAAUUUAAAACCUAGAUGUUUGACAGGUUUCCUCCUCACCUCCUGUUUGGAAGUAGGUAUCCUGACCUUGUUAAA